AUGGAAGAUAAUCAUCGAUUGGCCUUAGCUAUGAGGCCCCUACUGUCUGAUCCUACCCAAUAUUGCCGCCUUGUUGGGCGUCUCAUCUACUUAUGUUUUACCCGGCCCGAACUCUCAUAUAGUGUUUAUAUUUUGUCUCAGUUUAUGCAACAACCUCGAGAGGAACAUUGGCAAGGUGCUCUUCGAGUUGUUCGUUAUUUAAAAGGUCAACCUGGUCAAGGUAUUCUUCUGCAACGGGACUCUGAUCUAUGCCUCUAUGGCUGGUGUGAUUCAGACUGGGCAGGAUGCCCACUCACACGCAAAUUUCUUACUGGUUGGUUCAUUUCUCUUGGCCAUUCUCUGAUCUCUUGGAAGACAAAGAAACAACUCACUGUCUCUAAAUUCUCUGCCGAAGCGGAAUACAGGUCUAUGGCCAGUUGGCCACCAUCACCUGUGAACUAA